GUUGUGCAACGGUGGUGGGAACAUAUGACUGGACUCAGACAUGUAAAUAUGCGGGAGCAUGGCUCUUGGAUUGUGACAAUGCUCCGAAAUUUUGGUGCAUGAAGAAUCCCUUCGUGGAAAUAAUCCGGUAUUUCUUGUGAAUUGGGUAGAGUGAUUAAUGAGGGAAAAUGAAUGUGAACAGGCUGAAUGAACUCAGAAGGAGUGUCACACUCUGCAGGAGCUAUUGUUACAAAUUGAACGAGGCGCGUGUCGCCGAUUUUCCACCCACCUACGAGACCCGGGGCGUCGAGGAGCACUGGAACAAAGUCUGGGAGACGAACCGUUACUUCACACCCAAGGAUGGCUCAGCAACCUUCAGGAUGAUCCUGCCCCCUCCGAACGUGACCGGAGUUCUGCACCUGGGGCACGCAUUGACGGUUACAAUCCAAGACGUCCUGGCAAGAUGGCACAGAAUGCGAGGAGAGUCAGUUAUCUGGGUGCCUGGGCUGGACCACGCUGGCAUAGCCACGCAAGCAGCAGUGGAGAAGUACCUCUUGGCCACCAAAGGCGUCACGAGAAAACAAAUGGGAAGGGAGGAGUUCCUCUCAGCCAUCGAAGAAUGGAAGACCACCAAGGGGAAUGCCAUCGUAACUCAGCUGAAGGGCUUGGGGGCUAGUUUGGACUGGUCACGAGAGUAUUUCACGAUGAGCAAGGAGCACAACGCAGCUGUGACGGAGGCCUUCGUCACCCUAAGCGAUCGAAACCUGUUAUACCGAAGCAAAGACCUAGUCAACUGGUCGCCAGCCCUGCAGAGCACCAUCUCGGACAUCGAGGUGGAGUUGCUGGAGGUCUCCAAGAGGACUGAAAUCCCCCUGCCAGGGUACAAGAAGAAAAUUCCCUUCGGUGAAGUGGCAGAGGUUGUCUUUAAGGUGAAAAAUUCUCCUGAAGAGCUGGUUGUGGCGACGACUCGAGUGGAAUCGAUGCUGGGGGAUGCAGCCCUGGCUGUCCACCCCGAGGACACGAGGUACUCUCAAUUCAUCGGGAAAGAAGUCUUCCACCCCCUGAGGGAGUGCUUCAUUCCAGUGAUCGCGGAUUCCUCGGUGAAACGAGACUUCGGCACUGGAGUUCUGAAGAUAACACCAGCCCACGAUCGAACGGACCUUGAAAUCGGGAGAAGACACGAUCUGGAGCUCAUAGAGGUGAUUAAUGAAGACGGAACGAUGAAUGAGAGGGCGAAGGCCUUCGAGGGUCUCCCGAGGUUCGUCGCGAGGCAGAAAAUCCUGGAUCACCUGGCGGACAAAGGACUCCUGCGGGCUGUGAGGGACCACCCGAUGGUGAUCCCACUCUGCUCGAGGUCCGGAGACGUUGUGGAGCAUCUCGUCAAGGAGCAGUGGUUCGUGAGGACCCAGAGAAUGGCGGAGAGGGUGCUGCAAGCUACGAAGAACAAUCGCCUGAGGAUUGACCCUGAGAAAUUUGAGGAACCCUGGGUCCACAGGCUGGAGAACAUGAGGGACUGGUGUGUGUCGCGACAGCUGUGGUGGGGCCACAGAAUCCCUGCCUUCAAGUGUUCGAAUUCGUCUGAGAGCCAUUGGCUUGUGGCUCGAACGCUUUCGGAGGCUCAAGAUAUUGCGAGCAGCAGAUUCGGAAGUGGUUGGAACGUGCAGCAGGACAAUGACGUCUUGGACACCUGGUUCUCCGCUGGAUUGCUCCCCCUGUCUGCCAUGGGCUGGCCCAGCGGGGACUGCAGUGGAUUUUAUCCCCUGAAUCUCAUGGAGACUGGACACGACAUUUUGCAGCUGUGGGUCACCAGGAUGGCGAUGCUGUGCGAGGAGUUGACCGGACAGUUACCGUUCGAGGAGAUUCUUCUUCACGGGGUUCUUUGUGACGCUCAGGGGAAGAAGAUGUCGAAGAGUUUGGGGAAUGUCAUUAAUCCAGAGUAUGUGAUCGAUGGAAUUAGCCUCGAGGAGCUGAAUAAUAGGGCGCAGGAAAGUUUCGCCUCUGGGAUAUUGAGUAAGAGUGAACUGAAAAGAACGCUUUCUGUUAAUUCGAAGAUGUUUCCGGGGGGAAUUCCAGAGUGUGGGGUGGAUGCACUGAGGCUCACGCUUUGUGCUCAUGACAUCAAGAGUGGUAGGAUUAGCUUUAACGUUGUCGAGUGCAAAACUAACAAACAUUUUUGUAAUAAGAUCUGGCAGGCGUGCAGGUAUGUUCUUCUUGUGACCGACGAUGGGGGGGUUGAGGAGCCCAAGAAGCUUUCCACUGUGGAUCGGUGGAUUCUGAGCAAAAUGGAGCUGAUGGUUGAGAAGGUCAAUGAGAACUUCAGGGAGAGGAACUUUUAUCGGGCUGUUAAUGCUGUUAGACAAUUCUUUUACUAUGAAUUCUGUGAUUUUUAUCUUGAGGGGACGAAGUUUGGGUUGAAGAAUGGGGAUAAGGACACUGUUGAGGGGCACAAGUGGACGUUGGUAAAGUGUUUGGAGGUGUCUUUGAGGGUGCUUGCUCCUGUGAUGCCGUAUCUGAGCGAGGAUUUGUAUUCAAGGCUGAGGAAGAAACUCUCUGGAUUUUUGGAGGUCUCCUCGUUGAUGGAGGCUCCUUAUCCCCAAGAGGGGGAGAUGGGGCGACGGAAUGAAGCGCUGGAACAGCAGUUUGAACAUGUAUUGACAGUGGUGAUGAGAAUGAGGAAUAUUCUGAGCCAUGUCAGCAGGAAAUCCAUUUUAGAAGUCCAUGUUGUUGUGGAGGGGGAAGAGAGUUAUCGGUUGUUUGCUGAGAAUAUUAAUUUCCUGGCUGCGACGACGAGAGUCCCCAAUUUGAAGAUUGUACAGAAACAUGAUUAUGUUGUUAAGGAGGAAAGUGUGUGUCACGAGGAAGCUGAUUGUAAGUUAUACUUCUUAUUGAGUGAUAAAGAAGUUGAAGAUCAAAUGAAGAAGAAAAUACUCACUGUUUGAAUUCCCUUUUGUGGAAGUCUAAAGUAUUUUUUAAGUAUUUUCAUGGAGAAAAGUGUGUUUAGUUCAAUAAAGUUCAUUAUCACUCCAAAGUAUUUAAUUUAUGCGGAAUAUCAUCCAAAUUUUUUCCUGAAUAUAUUUUAAUUAAUUAUUGAUUGAAAUCGUUUUUAGUGGAAGACACCAGAUGUUGAUAAUUGAUCACAAUGUUUUAUUUAUUUAUCGUC